AGCCAUUUUCGCUCAAGUUUGGCUCAAGCGAUAUCGGCUCAAACUUUGAGCUGAUUCCUUGGCUGACACUACGUAUCGCUGCGCCGCGCUACGCUUCGCAACGCUUCGCUACAGUACUCUACGCUACUCCACGUACCAUGAUGCAUGUGUGUUCGUUCCUUGUACGCGUGCUUCUUGGCAGCGCACUCACAUCUGAUGGUCUGUGCGUUCAGCCAUCGAGUCAAGACUCCAGAGCCAGAAGCGGAGACAGGCAUAAUGGGUACGGAGAUACGUUGUUGCGAACGGCUGAAGGUUGCCCCAGUCGGUCAAUACCAUAUAAUGCGUCCACGUGUGUGACAGAUGUAAUGGAUUACGAAUAUUGGUUGCCUCCUCCAGACGUGUACAAUCACUACAUGGCGCACGAAGAUUGGUCACGAGAUCAGAAUGAAUUAUGGAAACACAUCACUAAGCUACAAGAACCUGCAGCGUGCAACAACCAAGAGUGGCACCUCAUAAAGUUCACUGUGCAUGGCUUCGCAUACAAUUUGUACAUAUUUGUAUUUCUCGCUGCAAGAUAUUUGGACAAUCGUGCGCCAGUGUUGGUUGGCAAUUCCAAGUACCGCUUGACGGAUACCAAAUGUGGACGAGGAUAUCUAUGCACCCUGUCGCCGUUAACACAGUGUCGUAUGGAGAACAUCGAUCCGGCUCUGGUCAAGGUAACAGGAGAAAAUCCUGGGGCAUCGGAUCUAAGCACGAUAUGCUCGCCAGGUGGUAAAUAUGAUGUUGAACUUGGUGGAUGUAAAUGCGACGAGGGUUAUUUUCCAUGGACGGAGGGAUGCAGUCAAUCGCCUGAUAAUGAAGAUAAGGUAUUGUGGCAGGAGUGGUAUACUGCGCAUCCCUUGAAUUACAUGCGCUCAAGAGAUUACUAUUACAGGGCACCCGGGGAAGCCAAUUGGCAGAGCAAUCCAGACAGCGCUGCAAAUGACAUACCUGAUGAUUCGUGGGCAGAAAAACGAUCGCUGACAUGGUGGCAUGCGCAGCACCUCUGGAAUUUCUACAAAGAUUCACCUGAAACCAAAGAAAUGAAUGAAUGGCUUGCAGCCAAACAUAUGUCACCCUCGUGCGUCUCCGUGCAUGUCCUGCACAACGAUGCGUGUGAGGAUGAUUAUAACCCAUGGAAGCGUUGCUUCAAAUUCGAGGACUAUUCGACUCAAUUGGACGUCAUGGAUAGAUUGUACGGUCCAUUCGAGCACGUCUACUUGGCCGCGGAUGAUCAUGCUGUAAUUGAGGACGCCCAGCAGAGUCGAUGGUCUUCACGCCUCAUCCGCCAAGGGUAUGAUCGUGCCAAGUAUCGUGGCAACGUUGGCAACUCGGACAUGUUCGAAAAAUAUUCGGCCACAAGAGCAAUCAAGCGUGAUAUAUUUGCCAUGUCAAAGUGUAAAGCAUUCAUCGGGACAAUGUCAAGUUCCAUCGCCUGGGUUACAUAUGAGCUGAUGAUGGCAAGGCAUGGGCAUUACGUAGCUUUCAUCUCGUUGCAAGGGGCCUUCAAUGACAAGAUUAUCGGCGGAUGACCAUUUCGCCCGUAGUCGUAGUCGUAGCAGUAGUAUAGUAGUAUUAGUAGUCGUCGUCGUAGUCAUAGUCGUAGUCGUAGUAGCCAGCCGCUGUUUAUUUGUGUAGCGGACCUGGCAUCCUUUCACGCUCGAGCGCGUUCUUUCGCCAGCAGAUGUUCAGAGACAGGUGCUAUGAUAAUCUCGUAUUGUUCAGCACUGGCUUGAACGACGCAGUAACCUGUGGGUGACACACUUCGUCCUGAAUCAUGAGCAAGCACUGGCUGCUCAGAGGGUGCGGACAUGGCCUUGGCAGUCAACUCCGCCUUGGCAGUGUGACAACAGCCAGGGUUCGCGUUUGCUGCCGGCCGUUCAAAGUGUCAUCAGGGGCGGUGCUGUGGGUCAUGUGAGACAUUGGGACGGGAUGGGCCAGGUUCGGUGGGACGAGGGUGUCGCGUCUGUGCGGUCUUAUGUGUUGCAGCUCUCAGGAGUCGGCUUCUGUCGCCGUAGGUGGCAAUCGCCACAUCGGUGCCACCAGUCGCCAGUUUAUGUUGCCUCUUCGGAGCAGUUUCAAAGCUGGAGAACAAUUCCAGUUUCAAAGCGGGAGGUUGGGGAGGGGGGCCGCAACGCACGCGCGAACCAAUACAAUAUAAUCAUGACUUACUUCUGCAGUUUCAGAUCGGCGUCACCAGUCGCCAGUUUUUGUCGCCCUUUCGGAGCAGCUUCAAAGCUGGAGAGAAAUGCCAGUGGCCAAGGGUGAGGUUGGUGUGGUGGGGAGGAGUGAUCCGAAACGCUCUAGUACCAGCUUGCGGCACUGUGGAGCGUUUUUCGGUUGGGCACACAGUUCACCUUUUAAUGAUGCUCUGGCAGCCAGACCACUUAAAAGCGCAGCCGUCCUCCCGUCUCCCUUGACGGAGUGGCGCCGCCCCUUCACCAUCCCAGAUGUCUCUUCGAUCUCGAUAUCCCGCUUCCUACGUUGGAGGUGAUCUAGUCGCCUUUGCAGUUUCGAUUCGGAGCUCGUCCAACCGCGUAGUGUAUGCCGAGGCUUCCCUUUCUGCACUACGUCCGUAUGCCUCCUCUGCGUGGGUGCCUACGCGCAUGCUGCUGCAGCGGAUAGGCCAGCUCUUUCUGGCGCCUUCCGGCGAGCUCUUCCUGCUGUUUCCACGGUCACCCAAUAUGCAGAGGAGUGUUUCCUGUGACAA